CCUCUUAUCCCCACCUCACAUUCGCCCCCAUCUUUCAUCCAGGUGGAAAAGACCCGUCACCUUCUGGCGCUGAGAGAGAAGCUGGGAGAGGCGGCUCCCGUAGGAACAGCUCCCACCACCAAGUCCCUGAGCGAGUCUCUGUCCCCCAGCAUGAGCUCCGGCACCCUGUCCACGUCCACCUCCAUCUCCUCUCAGAUCUCCAGCACCACCUUUGAAAGCGCCAUCACGCCGAGCGAGAGCAGCGGCUACGAUUCCGCCGACAUCGAGAGCCUGGUGGAUCGUGAGAAGGAGCUGGCCACCAAGUGCCUGCGCCUUCUGACACACACCUUCAAUAGUGAAUACAACCAACUGGUGAACAGCAUCAGUGACUGCAAGCUUUCUCACAUCUCACCGAUCGGACGUGAUCCAUCCGUGACGAGCUUCAGCAGUGCCACCCUCACCCCUUCCUCUACCUGCCCCUCUCUGUCGGACUCCCGCUGUGGCUCCAUGGACCAGAAGACCCCUGAGAACAGCUCACGUGCCUCCAGUCCCUCCUGCUCAGACUAUGAAAACUUCCCGAUGGUUCCCACUCUGGAGACCUCCUACCUUGCGCGGGCUGCAAAGAACGAGUUCCUCAACUUGGUGCCUGAUAUUGAAGAAAUGCGACCAGGAUCUGUUGUGUCCAAGAAGGGUUUUCUAAAUCUUCUGAUGUUUGGUGUCAUCUUCCUGUGA